UGGGGUCAAGGAUGUCCUGUUGACUUGGUUACGUCCUAUCAAGGCCCGCAUGAAUCAAUACUUUAUAUCCUCUGACCCUUAGCCUAAAGAGGUAGAAAACAGACCAAAACCAACACCGUUACCCCAGUCUAACUCAGCUCAACAGUCAGCAAAGAUGUGGAAGUUUCUGUUGCUCAUCGUGACGGUGAUCGUCUGGCCGGGAUCGGCACAAGGCCAUAACGUCGCCCAGGACAAGCCUGCGUUCCAGACCAGCACCAACCCGACCCUCGGGGCUGCCGGCAAUGCCGUAGAUGGGAACACCAAUACCGACUACUUCGCUGGUUCCUGCGCGUCUACUUUAGAAGACAGUUACCCAGCCUGGUGGGUGGAUCUUGGUGAAACGCAUUUUAUUGACAGAGUGAACAUCUUCUACCGUCAGGACUGUUGUGGGGGGCAACUAGAUCCAUUCGAAAUCCACAUCGGGGAUUCUCCAAGGGUCACCGAGAACUUCAAGUGUAGAGGGCCCCAUCACAUCGACCCGCACCAGCCUUCCACUACCGUCAUGUGUUACGGCAUGAAGGGACGGUACGUGGGCAUCCGUCUUCCCGGACCCUUCCGAACACUGACCCUGUGUGAAGUCCAAGUAGAGGGGGAAAUUGAUGACUGCGUAUCCUCCCCAUGUGUCCAUGGAACCUGUUACGAUGCUAUCGGAACCUACACCUGUUUUUGUGAAAGCGGCUGGGGAGGAACCAACUGUGAUACCAACAUCGAUGACUGCGCGUCCUCUCCUUGUGUACACGGAAUUUGUACGGACGGAGUUGGGAGCUACACCUGUAGCUGUGAGACCGGCUGGACAGGACAGGACUGUGAUCAAGAGAUCCAAAAUGGCGGCACCGUUUACGUCACAGCGGGUUCUAACGCCGAGCUGCAGUGGACCUACGCACUGCCAGCUGGUAUCACACCGCUGUUCCAAACAUGGAAGAAGCUACCAGACACGGGCAUCGCCAGCAGGACCAACAUUGUGUAUAUUUCCCAGGCUUAUCAGGGCCGGGUAGAGUUGUUUGGAGACUCGGGCUUGCGGCUCAUGAACGUCACUACAGCUGAUUCCGGAACCUACCAGCUCUACAUGGUGUCGUCUGACGGGGCGUCACUGACCUUGCAGCUGACCCUUCAAGUCGUAGCUGUACCGGAUACGACUCCAGGAUUGACGCUGGAUUCAACAACAGCGUCAACAACACCGGGCGCAUCUAACCAGCCCUCUACUCAAGUUCAAACUCAGACGGCUUCAACAAUAACACAGACACAAGCACUUCAGACUCAGGCGCCUUCCACAACAACAGCGCAAGCACUGAUUACCACACACGUUACAACCACAACCCCAACAACUACACCGACAACUACACCGACAACAACAACAAUGACAACAACUACACCGACAACAACACCGACAAGGCCAUCCCUCGCCUCAACGGCAAGCCAAACACCUACAGCGACUCAGACUUCCACACUGGGCACAACUACGCCGGUAACAACCACCCAAGCGACAACGACUAAGCCAACAACAAUGGCAACGCAUCCUUCGUAUGCUUCAACGGAAACCCAAACUCAGGCAUCAACACACGGGACCACACUGGGCACAACUACGCCGAUGACAACAACCCGAACAACAACGACAAAGCCAACAACAAUGGCAACGCAUCCUUCGUAUGCUUCAACGGAAACCCAAACUCAGGCAUCAACACAUGGGAUCACACUGGGCACAACUACGCCGAUGACAACCACUCGAGCAACAACUACUCAGCCAACAACCAUGGCAACGCAUCCUUCGUAUGCUUCAAUGGCAACCCAAACUCAGGCAUCAACACAUGGGACCACACUGGGCACAACUACGCCGAUGACAACCACCCGAGCAACAACUACUCAGCCAACAACAAUGGCAACGCAUCCUUCGUAUGCUUCAACGGAAGCCCAAACUCAGGCAUCAACACAUGGGACCACACUGGGCACAACUACGCCGAUGACAACAACCCAAGCAACAACGACUCAGUCAACAACCACGGCAACGCAUGCGUCUCAUGCUUCAACGGCAACCCCGACAACCCAAACAACUACAACCCAAACAGCUACACCAACCCAAACAACUACAUCGUUUGUAACAACAACCAGGCCAACUCAAGGUAGUACUUUCCCCUCACAACACCCGACAACAGUAACAUACGCAUCUACACAGACACUAACUCAGGCUACCACACUUGGAACAACGACAAUCCAAGCAACAUCACCGACAACUGUAAUUACAACCCGACCCAGCACGACAGCCACACCUGCAAAUACAACGUCUGUUGCAACGCCCCUUGCAUAUACAACGACUCCGGUUGCAACCACGGCACCAACAACUGCACUGUCAGUAGAAAACGAUGUUUACCUUCUCGACGACGGCAUUACCGAGGUUAUGGCCGGCGGGCCUGCACAGCUGAACUGGACCUACAGUCUCCGUCCUGACAGCAUCAUCAUCCACCGGGUCUGGAGGGACCAUGACGGAAACUACAUCAUGCGCCGGAUUGGGAACGUAGUUAUCCGUUACGACGAAUACAAGGGCCGAGUGAGUCUUAUAGGUGACUCCAGUCUGCUGUUGAACGGGACCGGCCCAGCAGACGCGGGAAACUUCACCUUCACGGCUUCCUUCUCUGACGUCACUGAAGAUGAAGAGGAGAGACAACUCAUCGUGCACUACGCUCCCAAAGUACCACAAGUAGAGAUGACGCCGGGUCCCAUUGUAACGGAAGGCGACACCGUGGUGCUGCAAGCCACAUCCGACAGUUUCCCGCCUGCCAAAUACACAUGGAGAAGGUUGGACGGCAUUCUUCCAAGCACUGCUGUGGUAAACGCCACUCUCGGAACCUUGACCAUCACAGGAGUCACACUGGAAGACUCCGGCACAUAUACGGUAGUUGCCGAGAACUACUUGGGCAACUCGUCGGUCAGCAAUGUCACAUUUGAAGUCUGGCUGCAACCAAACCUUGUAGCUGCGCAUGCGAUUCCACCUCUUUGGGAAAAUAUAGCAGUUCCAACAGAAGUCCCGCAUGUUACUCGGUCUCCGGUAAACCCAGCUAGUCAGCUGACCACCCUUGAGAUCGUACUCAUCGCCCUGGGGUCAACCCUGGUCGUGACAAUCCUGCUGUUGGGAGGGCUGAGGUACUGGUGGGUGAAGAACAGGCGAGGGCGCGAGGGAAAACAGAAGGGACGGUGGUACUUCCAUCCGUUCAUACUAGACCGGGUCUACCCGUUAGAACAGCCGCCCCCGCCGGUCCCCGCCCGGCCACAGUUCCUGAAGUCCAUCGCGCAUACACCGAGUCUACCCGUUAGAACAGCCGCCCCCGCCGGUCCCCGCCCGGCCACAGUUCCUGACGUCCAUCGCGCAUACGCAGCUUUAACUGUGAAAUGUCUAACUGAACACACCUUAUUACCAUCCCUCCCACAGACCGGGUCUACCCACCGGGUCUACCCGUUAGAGACGCCGCCCCCGCCGGUCCCCGCCCGGCCACAGUUCCUGAAGUACGAAGUGGACCGGAAGGACCUGGAGCUGAGGGAGCAGAUCGGCAGGGGCGCCUUUGGGGUCGUCCACCUGGCGACUCUCAGGAGAACUCCAGAUGGCCUGGUGACGGACAGGACAGUAGUGGUCAAGACUGUUCACGAUGGUGCCAGUGUAGAGGAAAAGGCGACGUUUGUGCGUGAGAUCGAGACGACCAUCAACCUGGGGGAGCACAAGAACCUGCUGGGGCUGGUCGGCUGCUGCACGCUGGCGAACCCGCCCUACCUGGUCACGGAGUACCUGCCGUACGGAGACCUCAAGAACUUCCUGCUCAAGUGUCGGCAGCCGCUGGCGAACGUGCUGAACAGCGUGUAUGACAUGACUGAGCUGAAGAUGUACCAGUUCGGACGGCAGAUAGCAAACGGCAUGGUUUUUAUAUCCGAGGCCGGGUACGUGCACGGUGACCUGGCGGCCCGGAACGUGCUGGUGGGACAGAACCUGGUGGUGAAGAUCGCAGACUUCGGGCUGGCCACAGACGUCUACGAGCGAGGCUACCAGCGGCAGGACGCGGAGCAGAAGAUCCCCGUGAGGUGGAUGGCGCCGGAAAGGCUGCUGAGGGAGGGCAGGUACACCAGCAAGAGUGACGUCUGGUCGUUCGGGGUGGUGCUGUACGAGAUCGUGACGCUAGGGGACGUUCCUUACCCGAGUCUGGGCAGCACUCUGCUGGAGAAACUCCGCAAGGGACGACGGGAACGGCGUCCACAGGGAUGUCCCUGGGAAAUGUACAACAUGAUGCUGAGCUGCUGGCAGUGGGACGAGUUCAGCCGGCCGGGGUUCCCACAGCUCUACCUGGAGCUGGACCGGCUGGUGGAGACACACGCUGACGUCAGCUACCUCAAGCUCUCCUCGGCUUCUUCAGACGACGGGAAGAGUUCGGGAAUCUUCACCGACAGCCAGUCGUCUUCCAAACAGAGCCUGGACGCGCCCAGCACAUCGGGAACGUCUCAGACAUCGGAGGAUCUACAAGAAGAUAAAGACGUCUCAGUUGAAGAUGUCAGGAGAUCCAAAGAAGAGGAGGAUGUCCCAGAUGUUCGGGCAGAACAUUCUGAAACGGAUGUUGACCAGAUUCAAACAAAUAAAAGCAUUUGUUGCAAGUUUCCACGCAAAAACAAAGACCUGAAGGGAGGCAGGGACUCAUCGUCUCCUGAGGUCCAGUGUGUUGACCCUCGUCGGUUGGGGACAUCGUCGAAAGAUCGUGCAAAGAUCGGGACGGAUUCGUACGUCUACUACAAAGUUCCGCCCAAGAACAACCAGAGGAAACAGCGGCAGGGUAGCAGUAGAGUCAUCGGAGAGGAGCAGAUAGAAGUGCUAGACUUAGACUCUGAUUUCAUUGAGCCAGAGGCACUGUACUUCUAG